UGCUCUGGAGCUUGCAUUAGCUGGGCUGAUUCACCUCGUGUGGGCUGCUGGAGAGCACUGCAUUUCAGUUGUUUGAUCCUUCCAUCAUCCUGGCCCGACACCAUGGGAGUGACUUGUGUGUCCCAGAUGCCCGUGGCCGAGGGCAAGAGUGUCCAGCAGACCGUGGAGCUCCUCACCCGGAAAUUGGAGAUGCUUGGAGCAGAGAAGCAAGGAACAUUUUGUGUGGACUGUGAGACCUACCACAUGGCUGCCUCUACCCUUGGCAGCCAAGGUCAGGCCGGCAAGCUGAUGUAUGUGAUGCACAAUUCCGAGUACCCUUUGAGCUGCUUCGCCCUCUUUGAGAAUGGCCCUUGCCUUGUUGCCGACACCAACUUUGAUGUGCUCAUGGUGAAGCUCAAGGGCUUUUUCCAGAGUGCCAAGGCCAGCAAGAUUGAGACCCGGGGCACCCGCUACCAGUACUGUGACUUCCUAGUGAAGGUGGGCACCGUUACAAUGGGGCCUAGUGCCCGAGGCAUCUCCGUGGAGGUGGAGUAUGGCCCCUGUGUGGUAGCUAGCGACUGCUGGAGCCUGCUGCUCGAGUUCCUGCAGAGCUUUCUAGGCAGCCACACCCCAGGGGCUCCCACUGUGUUUGGGAACAGGCACGACGCUGUCUACAACCCAGCAGACACCAUGGUCCAGUACAUGGAGCUCUUCAACAAGAUCCGCAAGCAGCAGCAGGUGCCGGUGGCGGGAAUUCGUUAGUGACUGGCAACUGCCCGGCUGAGCUGUCGCCAGGGG